AUCUGAAUACAAGAAAUCUGAACGCAUUCAAAUGGCAAAGGACUAGAAAUCGGAGUUCAUUUCCCCAAAAAUCAUAAGUGUGUAAGGACAUUUGCCUUUGUCGGGGGGUGUGUCCAAAGCCGAAAGUCCUUUUACAUAAGCAGGUUGAGCUGCAAAUGGGACAGCCACCUGCGGCUACACGUCCCCUACUCAACGCUGGAAUCCCUCGCUUUGUUCGCCGCUGAGUGCUGCGUGUCCUUGCAACGUGACAGCCCGAUUGUGUCCCGGAUAUGCAAAGAAGUCCCACAUCCCGACAAUGGCCCACUUAAAACUGGACACCCUUCACGUGCAGCGAAGCCCUCGCGGCUCCCGCAGGAGCAGUCCGAGCAGCGGAAGAAGCAGUGCCUGUAGUUCCGGUAGCCUCUCCCCGGUCCCCAUCAUCCCGAUCAUCUCCAUCAGCCACGAUGGCGACGAGUCUGAGUCGGAGUCGGAAAUCGAAACUGAGCCGGCGCGCCUCUUCCAGCGCCGCAUGUCCACCAAGUGCACCAGUAACCUGACUGCCAUCAUCAAGGAGGGAUUCCUGCUGAAGCACACUUGGUCCUUUCAACGCUGGCGGCGUCGAUACUUUCGCCUCAAGCGGAAUAUGCUAUUCUACGCCAAGGAUGAAAAGUGCGAUGUUUUCGACGAUAUUGACCUAUCGGACCUGUGUUACUUCGAGUGCGGCAUCAAGAACGUAAAUCAUAGUUUUCAGAUUAUCACACCCACUCGUUCGCUGGUGCUCUGCGCAGAGUCCCGCCGCGAAAUGGAGGAUUGGCUGGGCAGCCUAAAAACGGCGACGGCGCCGCAGAGGCCACGUGGUGACAGCUUUCUUAUCGAGCAGCACGACAUCCUGUCCAACCACCACCACUGGUACGCCACCUCCCACGCCCGCCCCACCUACUGCAACGUGUGCAGGGAUGCCCUUUCCGGGGUCACCUCCCACGGACUGAGCUGCGAGGUGUGCAAGUGCAAGGUGCACAAGCGGUGUGCGGCCAAGUCGAUAGCCAACUGCAAGUGGACAACGCUAGCUAGUGUGGGCAAGGACAUCAUCGAGCAGGCGGAUGGCAUCAUAAUGCCGCAUCAGUGGAUGGAGGGCAACCUGCCGGUGUCCUCCAUGUGUGCCGUCUGCAAAAAGACCUGCGGAUCCGUGCUGAGACUCCAGGAUUGGCGGUGCUUGUGGUGUCGGGCCACCGUCCAUGUGGCUUGCCGUCCCCAGAUGGCUGUGGCCUGUCCAAUCGGACCUGCCAAGUUGUCUGUGGUUCCCCCAACCAGCGUGCACUCCAUUAGCACCGAUGACGCCUGGGAUGUGGCCAGUCCCAAGGGCAACUUCUCGCCACUGCUGGUCUUCGUGAACUCCAAGUCUGGGGACAAUCAAGGAGUGAAGUUCCUGCGGCGCUUCAAGCAGCUACUAAAUCCUGCACAAGUCUUUGAUCUAAUCUCUACGGGGCCGAGCCUGGGAUUGCGGCUCUUUCGGCACUUCGAGAUGUUCCGUAUCCUGGUCUGCUCCGGUGACGGAUCAGUGGGCUGGGUUCUUAGCGAGAUCGAUCGCUUCAACAUGCAUAAACAAUGUCAGGUGGCCGUGAUGCCGUUGGGGACGGGCAACGAUCUUGCCAGAGUUUUGGGUUGGGGCUCUAGCUGUGACGACGACACCCACCUGCCGCAGAUUCUAGAGCGCUACGAGUCAGCCAGCACCAAAAUGCUGGAUCGCUGGAGCAUCAUGGUAUUCGAAAAGGCUAUUCCCGUACCCAAAACACCCAAGAUGUCCAUCAGCACUGAGCAAGAAGCGAUGCUCACUGGUAUGGUGACAUCGGCCAACCACCACCUGCGUUUCAUAGUGGAAACCAGUGACACCCAGACCCUAAUCAGCUCCACGCGGAAUCUUUGCGAUACCGUUGACGACCUGGUAUGCCGCAUCUCGGAACACCACAAGGAUGACGAACAGCUGGCCGUUAAGUGUGAAAUCCUCAGGCAGAAACUAAACAUGCUGCUGGAUGCUCUGCAGGAGGAGGAAAUGGGUGCCCACAGUGGCGACGAUUUGAUAGCCACCAUAAGGAGUCUUAUUGCGAGAAGUAUUCCGGUGACACCAGGAUCCAGCGCCUAUCUGCUCAACCCAAACAUAUCAAUCGAAAAGACGGAAAAGGAUCAAAUUAAUACAAAGGAGCGCAGAAAUAGUCGGUCACUUCGCUCUAGCGAGAAAGAGGCUCUCCAGUGCCGUGCCAAUAGCGUCAAGCGGGCCAUCUACAAUGUAGUGGAGCACUCGGAACCGGGACGUCCUAAACGCUACCAGCGAAAGUUGUCGAUCACACCGUUUGAGGCUCUUAAGCUACCUACAACCGCAUCCGGAGAAUCAUCGCCCUGCACCUCCCCUUUACCGAUAAUACCACCCAUAAACAUUAUCUCUCCCACCAUGGAAACCUCACGACUCACCUGCAUUUCCCCUCUGCCUGAUACCCGACGAGAUUCCGUGGAUGAGAACUUCUUUAACAGCAUCAAUUUGCCGGCUCCGCGGCAAUUUGCGGAUAGUCGUAGGAGCUCCGGUGUGGAAGUGAUCCAGGAGAUCGAGGAGGGUGCCAAUGGGGAGACCAUGUACCGAAGAUGUCGCAUGUCCCUGACCGGUGGAGCUAAUAUCGAUGAUGCCGGUAAUCGUUUGUCACCCUGCAGUGAUGGCGGUGAAAAUACGCCCACCGAGCGCAAAGUGGACUUCCUGAGGGUUCCGAUCCACACUGGGGAACCGAUCGUGGACCCCUUAUGCGAUUACCGUCCUCACGAGGUUUUCGAGCGUACUUACUACAUGACCCGAGAAAUGGACAAAGACAAGGAAAAGGACAAGGAGAAUGACAAAACCGUGGAGAUCGACAAGGAAAAGGAUAAUUGUGUGGCGAAGGAGGACAGCAUACCUGCCGAGAGGCUGGUUCACACAUGCAACCUUCAGGUACCCGGCGUUGCCGUUACCCCAAACACCCAAAAUGUUUACUCAAGCGCCAGCAUUACAAUCAUUGAUACCGAUGCACAAACCACUACCGAGCAAUCCUCUUCCGAUGAUCUUGGUGGUGAAGCUAGCGAUAUUCUGUCUGCUAUUAGCAAUGAGGAGUGCAGCGUGGCUUCUGAAAUAUUUGACAAGCAAGACGCAGGUCAAACAGUGGGUGAUAUUAUUCAGAAUAUGGAUGCAAGCAACUUCACACACAUCGACUCCCCAGAGACGAGCGAUGAAACAGAGGCCAUGCCUGGCGAGAGCAUAAUGGACGACAUAAGCUCGGUACUGGGUCACGAUAUAACCUAUGCCCUACAAGACAACACACUUACCGACGACACAACUACUCUCUGCUCGGAGCAUGCGGGGCCACCGAAACCUCCACGCAAAAAGUCAUUGAGCGCCUUAAGCCGCACCCAGGCCCAUCCGCGCCGUCGCAACUCCUCUCCACCGAGAAUUGCGCGAUUGGCGCGAAUGGACAGCGAUGACAAUCCCCAGCAAUUCGGAUUUGAGAAUAUCGUUUUCGAGAUAGACAAUAGGUGUGACGACCAGAAGAUGCGGGAGCCACCGCGUUACUGCAGUCUGGCGCAGUUCGUGGAAGGUAACGAUAUAGCGCGUCAAAGCUUCAAGCAGCUUAUGAUAGAACAACAACAACGAGACGGAGACAACGAUACCGAAUAUCCAGAACAGCAGCAAACUCCAACGAAUAAAGGGCCCAAUUUACUGGCCACCACCAGCGAGGACGAGCUGUCCGCGCAGACGGCCAUCAAAAUAGAAAUACACGACAUUGAUGCCACAGUGCGCAACAUCAACAGCAGCAUGAAGCCCAAUACGAUCUUGACCACGUCGACAUCGCCCACGAAGAAAUCGGGCCAUGGACAAGAUGUAAAGCGCAUUACUUUUGAUGAGUCGUGUAAGAAAGAAUCCUUUGAUGAUGUAAAUCCCAACUAUCCACAGAUAAGUGUUGUUGUGAGGCCGCCGACGCCGUUGCGCGGCGACUCCAUCAAGCCCACGGCAUCGCUCAUGCCGGUCUCCUCCGGCGGAGCCAUGGCCGUGUCCAUGAACUGCUCCGGCAUGCUGGGGGUGCGAGCUAUGAACGCCUCUGAGAUCAGGCGCCACUCGAGCCACGCCCCCGGUCUGGCUGUCCGCGAGUUCGACAAGGACAAGGACCGCCGGCACUCCGGCUUCAAUCCCAACCAGCUGACCCUCGAUCCGGAGCACGCCCGAUUCCUCAGCAGCUCGCCGGCAGCUAGCCGCAGGAUCAGCUGCGGCAGCCUCUUCAAGAAGAAAAACAAAAAGAUCGCCACCAAGCGCAGCUACGGAUUGUUCAGCGUUCGGUUCUUUGUGGUGGCCGAGCCAGAUUUUCGCCUGGCCACCCUGGCGCUGAUCAGGCCGCUGAUUCCUCUGCCGAACGAAGCACUUCCCAAUCUCCAGACUCUAAAGGGGUCCAAGUCGAGCUUGUUUAUGGGGUCAACUUUAUUCGGUUUCGAUCAUUUGGCUUCAGCGGAAAAGGACAGGGACGAAAAGGGCGGCAAAGACAAGGAUAAGACGCCCACCGAGGAGACCAACCGCAAGUUACCCAUCAUCAAUCCUCUAGUGCGGCUGCCCAACUGGCCAAAUCUUGCCAAUGGCGGUGGCUUUAUAUCCAAAUGUCUUUUGGCCAAUGCCGACACCCUCUGCGCCGCCGUUAGUCCCCUAAUGGACCCAGAUGAGACACUGCUAGCCGGUUACCACGAGAAGUGCGUGAUGAACAACUAUUUUGGCAUCGGCAUUGAUGCCAAGAUCUCGCUGGACUUCCACAACAAGCGUGAGGAGCACCCCGAAAAGUGCAGAUCCCGAGCACGGAACUACAUGUGGUACGGUGUCCUGGGAUCCAAGCAGCUCCUGCAGAAGACCUGCAAGAACCUAGAGCAGCGAGUGCAACUAGAGUGCGAUGGUCAAAGAAUUCCACUGCCGGAACUGCAGGGAAUUGUGAUCCUGAACAUACCUAGCUUCAUGGGCGGAACCAAUUUCUGGGGUAGUAGCAAGAAAGAUGACAUAUUCCUGCCGCCCAGCUUUGAUGAUCGGGUCCUAGAAGUGGUGGCCGUCUUCGGAUCGGUGCAGAUGGCAGCCUCGCGGCUGAUUAAUCUACAACAUCAUCGGAUCGCCCAGUGCCAAAGCGUGCAGAUCAAUAUCCUGGGAGACGAAGAGAUACCCAUACAGGUAGACGGAGAAGCCUGGCUUCAGCCGCCUGGAAUGAUUCGCAUUCUGCACAAGAACCGAGUGCAGAUGCUGUGUAGGAACAGAAGCUUGGAGCUCUCGCUGAAAAGCUGGCAGGAGAAACAGCGCCAGCACAGCAUUUCCAUCCAGAGGGAUGCAUCUUCUACAGCUUCAGAGCAUGCCAACUCGACGGACGAGGUAAUCUCCGAACGCGAAUGCUACGUACUUCUCAACUUCAUCGAAGCCGUUAGCUCGUUGGUAAAGUGGGUCAAGUUCCUGAUUAUCUCGCAUCCGGCACUGCAACACGACCUAUACGAGGUGGCCUGCCGGGCCAGCGAAGCCCUGGAAUCGAUCCAUCCGCAGGGCAAACUACUCGAAGGUCCUUCGUUGCGCACCAAGCUGGUGGAGGUCAUCGACUCAUCGCGGCAGCUUUACGACGAUGCGUGCACCCUGCUGCGCGACCGAGGUCAUAGUUUGAUUCUCCGCGAGGAUUUAGAAACGAAGCUCAGCGCGGCAUUGGCCAACAUGGAAAUGGAGCUGAAGAAGUGCUCCGUACAGAAGUGCAUUGACGGCAAGCUGCGGGCCUACUUUAAUGUCCUGGCGCCCAAUGAGGAGUCCGAUGGUCGCCGAAAGUCUCGACCUUUCUGGGUGAGAUUGCGUUCCGGUUCGACCGCCGGUCAGCAGGCAUUUAAGCCACCUUUGACCAACACCCGCGAGGCGGCCAGCAACUGGAGCGUCAACGAGGUUGUCACCUGGUUGGAAACGAUGCAGCUGUCCGAGUACGUGGACAGCUUUUUGAAGAACGACAUUCGCGGCAAGGAACUGCUAACUCUGGGCAGGCGUGAUCUCAAGGAUCUUGGCGUGGUUAAGGUGGGACAUGUCAAGCGUAUACUGCAGGCAAUAAAGGAUCUCAGUGAGAACUAGGCUUCCCUUGGGACUACUUAACGACUAGUACAAACAAACCAGUCUUCGAAUCGCGCUCUUGGUGUUGAAUAUAUAAAGUUGUACGCGAUCACAGGAAAAGAUAUGUUAUUAUGAGACAAAAAUGCAUACAACAAUCAUUAAUAUAUAGGCUAGCCUAGCUAAAAUGCCGAAUGAUAUGGAAAUGAAUUCAGCAAUUACAAGUAAAAUCAUUCGGUAAACUGACGAUUAAACUAUCGAUACACUUACAUAUAUAGGCGUAGCUGAUUUUCUCUCGGAUAAUUUAUCUCAAUAUACCACUUUGGAUUGGUAUAGAUAUGUACAUUUUUUAAGGCUCCCAUCCACUUUAAAUCGAGACAAAACGAAAAGCACAUAAAAUUGAUUUAUGUUUAUCAAAUACGUAUGUCAAAUGUAAGAACACUAGCAGAUAAAACGAAUUUAAGCGUAGUGGCACAUACGAGAACAUAAACGGUAACUGCAGUUAGAUUUUAAGUGAUUAACCUUCAACUUACGCUUAUAUUACCAAUUUUGAGAACCCAUUUAAGAUCUAUUCAAAACCGCAAAUAACGGAAUUACCCAGAGCGAAAACAUGAAAUCGAUUCUAAAUUUAAAAGCAAUUUAUAUUUUACAAAAAUAAAACAAUACAAGUGCAGACCCAAGCUAAUAUAAAGGUUAUAUAAAUUUUACUUAUACAUAUACCUACAAAGAGACAUUCGAAACUAUAUUUAGGUGUUCCCUCACUAUUGUUAAAUCGCAAUGAUGCUAACGUUAUGUUAAUGCAAAUACGAGGCCAACUCUCGUCAUUGCAGCAAAGAAAAGUCUGUUAAACGUGUCAUUUUUGUGGUAACAAAAAAAAUCUAUCUUGUUUAUUUAAAUGAAUUUAAUUAUUAAGUCCGUGACGAUUUUCAAGAUAAGUUUAGGUUAGAACCUUGGGGGUCUUGGUGCCGGGUGCUGGACCCCAACAAAUUUAUUUGGUACUAUAUACAAGCAUAUAGUAAAUCUUAGCUAGCAUUGGAACAUGGAAUUCUGGUGUUCGGAACCUUUUUGGAACCCCUUUUAAUUGUUUACAUAUAAGCAAAUCCUCGUGAAAACCAACCACUUUUAUUCAAACGUUAAAUGUUAGGAACGAAAUUGUGCUAAAUUUUUAUAUAUGUCAACUUUUGAUUUGAUCAAUUAAGUUAUUCUUUACCUCCCUGUCUUAAUACGAACAUAUUAAUAUAGCUGCAUAUGAGUAGGUUUAGCAGUCUACAGAUUUGAAAUGUCGCGUACAUUUUGGCCCAUCUUCAAAUGUUUGCUCAAGUUGCCUCCAGCUGAGUGAGUUUUUGAAAUGGCACAGCAGUAGAUGAGUUUAAUCUAAAACAAAUCACUUGAGCCACGUCUAUAAAUUAUAUUUUUUGAUAUAUAAGUAUAAUGAGCCCAGACCAACUCGAUUGAUUUGUUGUGAUCCUAUAACGAACUUGUUUUCAAAUAGCACCAGUAGCAAUCCUAUGAUUUCUGAUUAUUUUGACACAUAUUUGAUAAGCUAUAUACGCUUAUGUAUUCUAGAUUUAAUAUACAGGAUAAGGAAUUCGAUAAUUGAAAAACUUUUGCAUAAUAAAAACGAUAAAUACAAUGUUAAAAUUUGAAGACACAUUUUUUCGAAAAUUUUUCGACACAUGUAUUUUUGAGCAAACUUUAAAGAAAUUAAAAGCAAAAUUUAAAAAAAUCCUAAGGUAAUUAACAAAUUAAUAAUUUAUGUAACAAAUAUUAAACCGUGAUCGGCAACUCUCAUUCCCACGCUUAUGUUAUAUUUUCCUCGGUUUCUACAUCACCUCUAAUCAUUACCCCACAUUAAACUUAUGUUAUUCUUUAAAAAAACUGUGAUAACAGCUUUCUAUAUUCCUGUAAGAAAAACUACGAAAAUCAGCAAAAUAAUAAUGAACGCAAUUCGUGAAGUGCAAUGAAUAAUAAAUCAACUGUAAAGUCUAAUAAAUAGUGUGUCUACAAUCAGAAAAUAGGUAAUGCCUAUGAAAACCAUUUACAGCAAUAAAUGUUUUACAGUGUAUCUUAAUUAUGUAAUUUCAACUACCUUCUUCCCAAAUCCUAGAAAUAAUAACAAGUGUAAAAACUGUCUGUGCGAAAUAUCCGAAUACAACAACAAAAUCGAUAAUACCGUUAAGUGAAAGCAAACCAUGAAGCAAACAAUAUUUCCUAUUAAAUAUAAUACAUCAAUUAUAAUAGAAAACAUUUUCUUGAAGAAAAACCUAAUAGCAGCAAUAAAAAGCAAAA